AUGGCAACUGGGAUCUCCCAAUUCAAGGCUAAAACGAGUCUUUUAACCCACACCAGAAGACAGAGGCCGGAGGUUCACCGGGCGGUGGUGGUUUCUAUGGACCGGAACCAAACUUAUUGGGCCACCAUUGAAGCCGAUAUUGAAGCUUAUUUGAAGAAGGCUAUCCCAAUUAGGCCGCCGGUAACUGUCUUUGAGCCUAUGCACUACCUCACUUUCGCCGCUCCACGGACGACGGCACCGGCUCUGUGCAUUGCGGCGUGCGAACUUAUGGGCCGCGACCGCGCCGAAGCUAUGGCCGCGGCGUCCGCUAUUCACCUGAUGCACGCGGCGUAUUAUGCUCACGAACACCUGCCAAUCACAGACCGGCCCAAUAACAAGCCUAAAAUCCAACACAAAUUCGAGCCCAGUAUUGAGCUUCUUACGGGAGAUGGUAUGGUUCCAUUUGGGCUGGAGCUUUUGUCCAGGUCCAUGGACCUGGCCGAAAACCACAACCCGGAUAAGAUCCUCCGGGUUAUUAUAGAAAUAACCCGGCUCACUGGCUCACAGGGGAUGGUGGACGGCUUGUACCGUGAAUUGGAACUUAAUGGCUCAAAUAUUGAAUACGUUUGCAAGAAAAAGGAAGGCGAGCUGCAUGCAUGUGGAGCCGCUUGUGGAGCUAUAUUGGGAGGCGGAGCCGAGGACGAAAUUGAGAAAUUGAGAAAAUAUGGUCUCUAUGUUGGAAUGAUACAAGGAAUGCAAAAUGGAGUGGGAAAAGAUAAUAAGGGAAUAGAAGAAAAGAUUGAGAAAUUGAAAAUAUUUGCCCUUAAGGAAUUGGAAAGCUUAAAGGGGAAGAAGAUUGAGCCGAUUUCUAGCAUUGUUGAGCCUAGUCUUGUUGUCGUCUAG